AUGCCACUCUGCCUCAGUUCUCUGCCCUUGGACGAUCAGGCUCCUGAUUCCCAAGCUCUCUACACAAUUUUCAUGCCUGAAGCACAACCCCCUGUUGGCAAUGUAUGUGGCCUCUACUACAAACUACCUGGUUCUGCUCAUCCCAUCAGUAUGAAAUCCAAUAUCAUUUGCAAGUGCUCUCGACAUGACACUUGUGUGCAGGGUUCCUCCCUUACCGACCCUCCAAGGGCUUCCAACACACCAGGCACUCUCUCUGAGACACCUUCUCAAACCCAGACACCACCUGCAUCUCCAGGCAUCUCAUGCCAUCCUAUGCCAUUGCCAUCACCAAUUUUGGCACCAGACAAAUUGGGUGCCGUCCAGUUUGACUGGCAUGCUGCAUCCAACCAGAACAGUUCCCCUUCCUCUGCUUUGAACAACUCAACUUAUGAAAAAUUCAUGGUUUUGUACGAAAAACUUCAUACUCAAACCCAUUAUCACCCAUGUGUCCCCCAUUAUCGCAUCUUCCCCAUGGACUUCUGCUCUCCUCCAUUGUUGUCACCAAUGGAAGCUUCUUCAUAA